AUGUCAAAUCAAGCAGAACAUCCUGCUCUGUUGAUUCCAGGGCCAAUUGAAUUUGAUGAUGCUGUGCUUUCAUCUAUGGGACACUUCAGCCAGUCCCAUGUCGGGCCCCCCUUCGUCGCCACCUUCGGCGAAACUCUUACAAUGCUUCGAAAGCUCCUCCAGACAUCAAACCCGGCUUCUCAGCCUUUCGUCAUAUCCGGCAGUGGAACACUUGGUUGGGACCUAGUCGCAGCAAAUCUAAUAGAAAGAGGUGAAGACGCGCUUGUUCUGCACACAGGGUAUUUCGCGGACUCUUUCGCUGAAUGCUUCGAGACAUAUGGCGUCAAAGCAACACAGCUGAAAGCGCCAAUUGGAGACCGACCACAGCUACCAGAAAUCGAGAAGGCGUUGAAGGAGAAGCACUAUAAGUUAAUAUCCGUUACGCAUGUCGAUACCUCUACAGGCGUUCUAAGCGAGAUCAAGGCGCUCUCAGAGCUAGUACACCGAGUCAGUCCCGAGACCUUGGUGGUUGUUGAUGGCGUAUGCAGCGUUGGAUGUGAGGAAAUCUGUUUCGAUGAAUGGGGCAUUGAUGCUGUUUUGACCGCAAGCCAGAAAGCCAUUGGCUGCCCGCCUGGUCUUUCGAUAUUGAUGUGCUCUGAGCGUGCUAUGGAGACGUUCAGAAAUAGGAAAACUCCACCGUCGUCUUACUUCGCUUCUUUCAAGAAUUGGCUGCCGAUCAUGCAAAACUACGAAGCAAAAAAGGCCUCUUACUUCGCAACUCCGCCAACUCAACUCAUCAACGCUCUCCACACCACUCUAACGCAAAUUCUAUCGCGUCCACUUUCCGAACGUUUCGCUGUCCACCGUGAAGCAUCACAGCGAAUCAAAUCAACCGUGACAUCUUAUGGACUGAAACAGCUAGCCACAAAACCCGAGAAUCAAGCGAAUGGAAUGACAGCCAUCUAUCUACCAGAAGGCGUCAAAGCAGCUGACAUUUUGCCCAAUAUUCUCAAGAAAGGAGUAAUUUUCGCAGGAGGUCUGCAUAAAGAAAUUGCGGCCAAGUACAUACGAUUUGGCCAUAUGGGUGUCAGUGUCACAGACCCGAAGAGAGACGACAUCGAGCGAGCAUUGAAAGCUCUCAAGGAAGGUCUCGGUGACGCUGGCGUCAAGGUUUAG